AGCAAUCUGAGAAACCCUGCAUUUCACAUAGUUCCAGAGUAGAAAAACUGACAACCUGCUCAGUACUUAAAACCAGGGAAACUGGGGUUAGUGUUUAAAAUUCAGAGCAGAGCUUUUUUGUGACAUCUGUUGCUUUUGGAAAUUGCUUUUAUUUCAUCCGAUGACUAUUCAAUCCAUUCGAAGGGACAUCUCUUGCCCCCCUCAGAACCCCAACUGCACCAGUACUGUGGAGUCCCUCAAGGGUGUCUGGAAUGACACAGAAGCUAAUGCCUACAAACUGGUGGACCUGCCUCCUGUAGCCCCAACAGAAAUGACAGUGCAAGAUGUUCCUCAUGCCUUCCCUACACUGGAUGUUCCAGACCAUGCCCACUACACAAUUGGAACUGUCAUUCUGGUGGUGGGGAUCACUGGAACGCUGGGUAACUUCCUGGUCAUCUAUGCUUUCUGCAGGAGUAGGAGCCUUCGAACUCCAGCCAACAUGUUUAUCAUCAAUCUAGCUAUUAGCGACUUCCUAAUGUCCAUCACACAGGCUCCAAUUUUCUUCACUACCAGUCUCCACAAGCACUGGAUUUUUGGCAAGAAAGGUUGUGAGCUGUAUGCCUUCUGCGGAGCCCUUUUUGGCAUUACAUCCAUGAUCACAUUGAUGGCAAUCGCCCUGGACAGAUAUUUUGUGAUCACACGACCACUGGCCUCCAUUGUGGUGAUGUCCAAGAAGAAGGCUUUGAUAAUCCUGCUAGGAGUCUGGCUGUACUCUUUGGCUUGGAGCCUCCCACCCUUCUUUGGAUGGAGUGCUUAUGUUCCUGAGGGUUUGUUGACUUCUUGUUCCUGGGACUAUGUGACCUUUACCCCAUCAGUCCGUGCCUAUACAAUGCUCCUCUUCUGCUUUGUCUUCUUCAUUCCUUUGAUUGCCAUCAUAUACAGUUAUGUCUUCAUCUUCAAGGCUAUCAAGAAUACCAAUGAGGCUGUUCAGAACAUUGGUUCUGAUGCUAAUAAAGUAUCCCAGAGACAGUAUCAGAAGAUGAAGAAUGAAUGGAAAAUGGCCAAAAUUGCCUUGAUUGUCAUCUUACUUUACGUCAUUUCCUGGUCACCAUAUUCUGUUGUAGCUCUGGUGGCUUUUGCUGGGUAUUCCCAUCUCCUGACACCCUUUAUGAACACCGUACCAGCUGUGAUUGCCAAAGCUUCUGCCAUCCACAACCCCAUCAUUUAUGCCAUAACUCAUCCCAAAUACAGAAUGGCCAUUGCAAAGUAUGUGCCGUGCCUUCGACCCCUGCUAAGAGUUUCUCGUAAAGACUCCAGGUCUUGCAGCAGGUAUCUCUCAACCAGACGAUCCACUAUUACCAGCCAGUCUGAGAUAAGUGGACUGCAGAAAGGAAAGAGAUGGCAAGCCUCUCUCUCAGACAGUGAAUCAGGCUGGACUGAUACAGAAGUUGAUGUCGUUAGUGUCAUCUCCAGACCAGUCAGUAAACAGCUUUCCUAUGAAAUAGGCAAAUACGCUGUUGAAACCAGUGACACAAAAGCCAAAUCUAAACUGAAAAGCCAUGAUUCUGGGAUUUUUGAAAAGACUUCUGAAGAUGCCGAUGACAUUUCCAUGGUGGAGCUGAAUGUCAGAGAGUCCAUUUCCUCUCCUGUUGCCCUGCCAUCUGGAAUCUAUAGCCUUGAGGAAAUGCAAACAGGUGAGGGCCUGAAUGGCACUGGACUACGAAAAGGAGACUCUCACUCAAGACUAUCUGCAGCCCAGAUACCCAGCAUUAUAAUAACAUACAGCAAUGUCCAGGGAAUAGAACAGCCUUCUGAAUACACCUCUGGCCUCGGGUUCCCUGAGAACAGUAGCCACAACCAGGAUAAGGACUACAGUAGCCAACCAGACAGACGGUACCAGGGUGUUGCCUUAGCCAGUAUCACAGGAGGAACCACAGAUCAACUGAGCGCAGAAGACCUUCCAAAACUGCUCUGAUCCAUGGAAAGUCACCAUUCCUAUAGUGACACAACACAAGAUAAGCCAAGGGUAAAAAGAAGAAGCUGAACCAGCAUCUGAGCUCUCUCCAGUGGUUGGUUUCUUGUUUUAGCUCUUGUGUUAGAACAAGUAUAUUAUUUCUCCACAAUCUAGAUUAUGACAUUACUCUUUUCACUUGGAUUUCUGUUCAGGAAUUAGCAACUAUUGCAUGAAC